AAUUAUUUAAAAUGCAAUUUAGAAGUAAAAUAUAAAAUAUUUAAUGUUAAAGCAAUUAAUAAAGUUCACAAGGCUUACAUCUAAUAAACAUAAAUUCGAAGGAAUAAGAACUAAAGAGCCGUGACAGAAUGUUAGUGUCUAAAUAAUUCUUAUUUAUAUGUUAUAUGUACAUAUACAGGGUGUAAAAUGAUUUGCACGCACUAUUUAUGCAGUAAUAGUCUUUAUGAAAAACUGAAUAAAAAAAUCCCGAGUCAUAUGUUCGAAUCAUACUUCAUAAAAGUGAUAAAAGUAGUUAUGAUUAUUAAUUAAAAAUUAGCCAAGCAGCAUGGCUUUUUAAACGGACGUACCUUCGUGAGUCAUGUGUACGUGAGGCAAGCUGUGCGCCUUAGCGGUGGUGUGUCGUGUCCGAAUAACUUUGGAUUAUUAUAUGUAUACUUAGGAUUACUCACCCACACUUAUAUUUUGUCACAGCCGUACGACGCAUUAUUCAGGCAAACCCAGACAAGAUUUUAUGAGAAUUCUAAGGGAUACUGAAAUAGCGGAUAUAUUGAAUAUUUAAUGUUAUGAAGGGUGGAAUAGAUGCGAAUAGUAUUUGAAAACUAACUUCCGGAGAAAUGGCAUAUUUACGCUUGAAACCUCAACAACUGCUUCGUAUUCUUGAAAUACUGGGAAUAUUAUCCAGUACAUCGCCGAAACCAGUUUCUGGUCGUUAUUCGAUUUUAAGAAAUAUUAUAUGGUGUCUAACUUUCGUCAAUUUAAUAUUUCAAUUAAUUGGCGAUUUUCUGUUUUUUUUUCACUGUCAAGAUAGCAUUAUGAUGCUGAAAACUAUAUUUAUAUCUGCUUGUGUUACCGAUGCAGUUCUAAAUCUCAUAAUAUGUCAUGUUCAAAAAGAACGACUUCAGUACCUGCUAAACGAAAUUGAAAAUUACCUGCAGACUGGAGAUGAAAAUGAUAUAAAUAUUCUACAGAAACAUGUGGAUCGUUAUACAUUAAUUUUAAUAGUAAACACUUUACUGCUAUCAUGUGCUGGAAUGAUUAUCUUUGUUCGUCCUUUAAUUACAAAAGAUUAUUUUCCUGUCGAUGUGUGGUACCCUGCAUCUUUUACGAUGACACCAUUUAGAAGAUGUAUAAUUUAUAUCUUACAAGUACUUACUGGCAUAGAAUGCGUUCUAUGCUUGAAUACUGAUAUCUCAAUCGCCUUGUUUUUCUGUUAUUCUGCGGCUAGACUAGAAGUAUUGCAACGUAAUCUACAAAAUACAAAAACCAAAGAUUAUAUACGCAAAUGUAUCAUGCAGCAUCAAGAUAUUAUCAAAUUUGUUAACCUAACCCAAGUCACAGUACAAUAUUUGAUAUUAAAACUUAAUCUUACCAUGGGUACAGCUGCAGUUUGUAGUCUCUUUCCAUUGAUUAUUGAUCAACCUCUGGUUGUUAAAGGUCAAUUUGUGUUUACGUUUCUCAGUGCGUGCGAGAGAUUUUACAUUAGUGCUUGGUCAGCAACUGAUUUAAGUGAAAUGAGCAAAAAAGUAGCAUAUAGUGCUUCGUUCGAGGAUUACGUAUCACCAGGAACUGUGAAUGACAUUCUGUUUUUAAUAUUAAGAAGUCAAAAGCCUCUUACAAUAUCUAUGGCAGGUUUCCUUCCUGUUCUUUCUGUAGAAUACUUUGGAAAUUUUAUGACAAAGGCAUUUUCCUAUUUUACGGCAAUGAAAAGUUUUAUUAAUACUUAACUCUACGUCUAUAUUUUCCGUUAUAUAUAGUCUUUUUAUAGUAGGAAUUAUUUUAUUGUAUGUAUAUUCUCACUAGAAAAAUACAUAAAAAAUUUUAAAUUAAUGUACACGUUAUUACAAUAAUACCUGCCUCACAGCUUAUUUAUGGAUAGAACGGGCUGGACUAACAAUGAGUUGAAAAGUCCUCUAUCAUUUUGCAAUUUUCGCAAUAAUUAUCUAG